AUGCAGCAGUCGAGAGCCAGUCUGGAAGACUUGAUUCGAAAUGCGGGUGUCGUUCCCGAACAAGCCCGCCAACCAUGUCUGCCAGCACCUUGCCAACCUAUCGUCUCUGCCAGUGAGGAGGACCGCAUGCAAGCGAGAAACAUACUGCUUGAGCGAAGAGCCAAGAAUCCUGAACACAAGAGUGUGUUGAAGAGCAUGUUCAAAAGCUCCAAAGAAAAAGAAAAGGCCCAGGAGGCCGCCUUGUUCUCGCAAGACGAGCUCGACCAGGCCUUGUCCUCCGUCAUCGGCGCUCCUACCACGGGCCCUGGUCUUGUACAGGCCUUUCUGAGUCUUGGGGCCAAGGUGAACAUCAUCGAGACACCGGAGAAGAAGAGGAAGAGCAAUCAGCCAAAUACUAGCCUGCGCCGACGAAGCACGGUCCUCCAACAAGCCGCCUCAGUGCGAAGAGCAGACUCCGUCAACCUCCUCGCCAGUUCUGGAGCCGAUCAAAUCACGCUGAAUGAAGGGUUGAAGGCUGCUCUUACGGCCAACGAUCAAGCUUGCAUACAAGAACUCCUACGUUACGGAGCCGACCUUAACCACUUUCCGAAUGCUCUGGCCAACGCCGUCCGAUCCAAGGAUCAGAAUCAUGUACGACUGCUUUUGAGAGCACCGAAAUCGCUUCGUUCAGAGAUCGUCUCUUCAUGCCUUCCGGCAGCUGUACAGCAAAAGUCUUACCCAAUUGUAUCGCUGCUGAUAGCGAAUGGAGCCGAUCCCAACUUCGAUUCCUCAAGUGCACUCAACACAUCCAUUGGAGUGCAAGACUAUAAAAUGACAGUGACAUUAGUUUCUGGGCCAAUACCGCUAACACCGCCUACAUUGCAGCGACUACUCGACACCACAAUGCGUUUGCCCACACGUCCAGCCACGCUUCAGUAUCUUCAGCUCUUGUUCUGCUGUGGACUUCCGCCCAACAGCAUUGGUCUUCCUCAUCUUCUGAUAAGCACCACACGACACGAUGAUACAGCGGGUGCCAAGAUGAUGAUCAGCUAUGGUGUGUCGACUCUGGCACACGAUGCACAGUGUCUCAUGCUUGCAAUCGAGCACGCCAAUUGGCCUCUGGUGGAGACAAUCCUAGAGACUGACAUAUCAUCAUCACACGCGUCCAUGGCAAUCACUGUCUUACCAACCAACACUCCACAAGGAGAUAGAUUCCGCGUCAUUCAAGCUCUAAUUCAAAAAGGUGCAACAGGGCCACCACUUGGACAAUGGCUCACCCGAGCAGCGGAAGAUGGCGAUGCCCAGCUGUUGGAACUUCUGCUCAGCGCUGGAGCUCCGAUGGACUUGAGCGCCAAGGGCCCUCUCAAUCAUGCAGUCAUGAGACAGGACAUUCCAGGCUUGCGUAUGCUUCUCAAGUCUCGUCCUUCUCCUGAGGCCCUCGCAACGGCCUUUCCACUUCUACGCCACGGAUACACACCAUCUGCCCGACGCGAGGUUUCAAUGUUGCUACUGGAGCACGGCGCACAAGGUCCUGAAGUCAGCCAAGCUCUUGUUGACGCUGUCAUGGACGAUUCGUCUGCACGAGAUGAUGUUUUGAUAACAGAAUUUGUCCAGCGAGGUGCCGACGUCAAUUUCGCAAACGGAAAGGCACUUUCCUUGGCAGUCACACAGAAAGAUGUCGCUCUCGUGCGAUUGGUUUGUAGUAUGAAACCACGAACUGUGACAACUUCGUUGGCUCUUCCGUUGUCGUUCGACUCCAAUGGUGCGAGGCAUUCACGCACGCUUGAAAUUAUCGAGAUCCUGUUGGUGAAUGGUCUCGAGGAGGCACCAGCGCAUGAGGCCCUGCGAAUCAGUAUUAAAGGGGGCCCGAGGAACAUUGACAUUAUCCGGCGUCUCAUAGACGCCAGUCCGAAGCUCAUCACACCUGCGUUUGAAUACACCGUCGCACUGGAAGAUUGUAACCAAAAGGCACCUAUCCUCGAGGUCCUGCUGAAAAUAGGCGUCACACAGGAGGCUCUUGACCAGGCACUUGUUUCCGAAGUCACGAAUGUCAUUUCUACCAAGGAUACCACCGCUACCAAGUUGCUAUUGGGACAAGGAGCUUCUGUGAGUUACAACGACGGCGAAGCCUUGGGUAUUGCUGUUGCUUCGGGAAGCAGUUCACUAACGACAUUACUUCUCAGUGGGAAUCAUCAACCAUCCCGAUCUAGCGUCACGAAAGCGUUUCGCGCGCUGUUCUCUGACCAGACCGUAGACAGCAUCAGCAAAUCUGAAAAGAGCGUUAUUACGAUUGCGCAAGACUUGCUUAGUCGUGGAGUGGAGCCGCCGGCUAUCGACGCAGCUUUGCGCUCCGUCCUGGCUGACGACAGCAGACAGAACAUAGACUCAUUGGUGGAUUUGUUGCUGCAGCACAAUGCCAACGUGAAUGUCGCAGAUGGGGCAUGUUUCGUGUUCGCAGCGCAGAAGCAAGAUGUAGCAACCUUCGAAAAGCUGAUACUUCACCGGCCAAACUUUGCCAUCAUUGUUCCUGCACUGCUUCGCUCUAAAAUGUCAGAAGAAGCCAUCAUCUUCUCUAUCAAGUCUUGCUUUGCACAUGGCUGCACAUCUGACGAGCUGGAUAACAGCCGUCAUGGUACAGAUACGCCAAUUCUCGUAUUGGCAAUGUACCACCAUCCACGGAACGAAUCUCUCAUCAAUGUGCUCCUUGCCCACGGGCUCAACCCUGAUGUUUCCACGCCCACCGUAAUUGCCUCCCCCGCAACACCAAGCGGCUCAGCCGAAAGCGCCCCCACACUGCUCUGGGCUCUCGCACAACCGCAAAAGCGUAUUUCCGAUGCAGUCAUCACGGCCCUUUUACAAGCCGGGGCAUCCACGAGGACCGCGUCGGCCGUCUCGGAGACUACGGCACUCAUGCUUGCCGCACGGGAUGGCCGGCAUGAAGUCAUACAAGCGCUGUUGGAGCGAGGCUCGGAUGCGGAUGCCCGGGACGGGUCGAAUCGAUCUGCACUACUGUUCGUUAGUGGUAGUGUAGCGGGCGAUGCGACUGCUAGGAUACUGGCACCGCGGGCUUUGAGAAACGAUGGGAGUUUGCACGAGGCUGCGAGAGAGUUGGAUGUUAAUGUUGCGAAGGUCUUGGUCGAAAAUGGACAUGAUCCGAAUUUCCCAUCUAGAUUGCAUGGUGGGAGGAACGCACUGGGCGAGCUGUGUUUGAAUGCCCAAGUAGAGACCAGUGCGCAGCGGUCCAAGGUACGACAAAUGAUGAGGUUGCUGCUCGAUCGUGGUGCAAGUCCCACGUUCAGGGCGAGAAAUGAGAAGGCAGCCGUCGUCCUCGCUUUGGACAAUGCCUACAGCGCCUUGCCCAUCACUGAAGCCCUUCUCGAAACAGAAACAUGGCAGCAUCUCAACGAUGAGAAACACAUGUACCGCGACCCCGCCUCAGGGCUCUGGUACUCACCCCUCUCCUACGUCGACAAACUUGCAUCCCCCAGCCGAGCCCCGGUCAAACAGCAACUGCUCUCCCUCCUGCGCGACAAGGCCUGCGAGCCAAAAUACUACUCGGAAACCGCGCUCCAGCCCGUGGGCGCAACAGGCAUUCCUGCACCCAUAGCCCGCCUCGUCGACCGACAAAAAGAGCAUGAACUAUCCCUCCGCCACGCAAAAGAAACCCACGAGCACACACGCACCCUAGAAGAGACUUCGCACCGCGACAUGCUGCGGCGGCGUCGCGAAGCCCAAGAAGCCGAGCAGGCCGCUGCCGCCGCAGCCCAGCAACACUGGCAGGCGCUCGAGCAGCAAAAACACGAAUUUGAAGUGCAAAGGGUGCGCGAUGCCGAGCGCAUGAAGCGCGCCGAGAAGGUGGCCUGGCACAAUCUGGUCAUGGAGCAGGAGCGCGACGCAGCCGCCAAACGACAGGCGUAUGAGGAGCGCAAGGCCGGGGCGGCCAUGGCGGCCGAAGCCAAGAUGGUGGAGCAGCGGAGAAGCGAGCUUGAGCAUCGGGCGGGCGUGGAGCGGCGCAUGUUGAAGGAGAAGGAGGAUGUGUACGAGCGGAAUGUGGCGAGGCAGAAGGAGGUGAUGAAGUCGGCGGAUGAGAGUGCAAAGUUGCAUGCGAGGUUGAGGCAGGAGAGGCCUGCGAUUGAAGGCGCUCCGCAUUGGGGUACGGUAGAUUGA